CACAUGCGAUGCUUUUUAAAAAUGCGUCACGAGGCUAAGUGAAAGCAUAACAUAGAAAGUUUUGUAGCAGCAGCUAUGAGAAAGUUAGUUGCAGUUUUUACGCUCGUUGUUCUUUGCAUGGUUUUAUGGCGAUGGGAAUUAUAUAAAAGUUUUUAUGGGUCGGUAAACAACAACACGGUUAAUGUUAUAUCAAUGAAUGAUACCAAAAAAAGUUCAGGAAGAAAAAACAAUAAAAACUCUAAAGAUUCUAGAAAAUUUAAAAACGAGAAUCGACGAGUCAAGUCAAACUUGUCAUCAUCGGAUACCAAACGCAAGAAAAAUAAUAAACAAAAAUACCAAUCCGCCAAAAGAAAAUCUAAGAAAGAACCGCGGAAGAAUGUAACGGGCUCACGAAAUCAUCCAUUAAGAAAUAUGUCAACGUUUACUUCUUUAGAAGACGUUCAUAACGAAAUAAAAAACCAGCUAGUUUUUCUGCAAGAGGAAGGAGAUUGUGAAAAAAAGAAAAUUUUACAUUGUGAAAUAAUUAAUAAUUUUGCUGGACUGGGUUCGAUGAUGCAUAGGUAUGGAGCUUGUAUACAAGUGGCUUAUGGGCUGGGAAGAAUGUUUUUUAUCGAGCAGAACACUUACAAAAAUAUUGGUGGUUUAAGCCAAUGGCUUUUGUCAGAAUCGACUAGAUGUGGAUACAUAAAAGAGAAAUAUCAUCGCACACUUCGAAAUCCUAAAGAAUAUUAUAAAAACGUUUGUAGAACGAAUGAUAAAAAUUGCUACUUAGAGAACGGAUAUGAUUUGAACAAUACUUAUAAAAUUAUAAUUUUUUAUCCUCAGGCAGAAUUUCCAACUCCGAGGCAUAUUCCAGGAACCAUACCGAUGCGCCUCGAAAAAACAUUGCAAAGACUUCACGUAGCGGACCCAAGGCUUUGGUUUUCUGCACAAAUGCUGUCUUUUUUCUUAACACCAAAUAAAAAAUUCCGAAAGAAAUUGAAUAUAAUACGGAGCGAAAUAAAGUUCAGGCAUCCUAUAGUUGGAAUGCAUAUUAGACAUGCUCCACAUAAAAUGACUGAGGCAAAUUACUACGAAGAAUCGUCAUACACACGUUAUGCUGAGUUGUUUUUUAAAGAACGCAACUACACAAAGAAGCACAGGAAUGUUUACAUAGCAACCGAUGUUUUAAAAUCGAUUAAUCGAGUCAAAAAGUUAUUACCAGCUAACCACGUGAUCACGAUGCCGAUAUUAAUGAGAAAGAAAUCAUUACGUUUAUAUCGCGUAAAAAAACAACCGAAAGAGGUUAUUGAGGCAAUGUUUAUUGAUUUAUUCUUUCUCGCUCAUUCAGAUUAUAUUGUAUGCACGCUAAGUUCAAAUGUAUGUCGGCUCGUCUAUCUGAUGAAGCUAGCUAAAUCCCCAUAUACCGUGGAAAAUAAGUUAAAAUCCCUAGACGUGGAAAUGUUUUAUGAUUAUACGGGUUUUCGAUAUGCGAAAGGAAAUGGAAUUCAGCCAACCACUGAGUAUAAAUUUCAUAACUAUACGCCCAUUGCAGGGCGCACACUCUGCGUAGCAGUAAGAGCGAACAAAGGAAACGCGGGAUUGGUUCAAUAUACCGCGGGGGACGUAUUUGUAUCGGAAGAUUGGGAAAGUAACAAUGACUUGAUGUUUGUAAAACAAAUCUACAAAUAUGAUAAAAAAGGAUAUGUGAAAUUUAAAGAUUUUAUUCGUUGGCCGGGAGAACCUAGUUAUCAUUUUUAUAGAUAACUGUUAUUUUAGAUCAAUUUUAAAAAAAACGAUAGAUAUAAAUUAUAAAAGUGAAUAAAA